AUGGUCCACACGAGAUUAACUUACCUCCGUCACUUGAUAGUGUCACUUGCGCAAGCUCGGGACAUAGAUAGGACUCUCCUGGUCUUCUCCCACGAUUACUUCGAUGAAGAGAUCAACAAUCUUGUACGGACCAUCGACUUUACCAAGGUUAUGCAGAUAUUCUACCCUUACUCAAUACAAACACACCCAAAUGAGUUUCCUGGAAUGGAUCCCAAUGAUUGUCCAAGAGACGCAAAAAAGGAGCAGGCUUUGAAGCUGCAGUGUAACAACGCGUUACAUCCAGACCUCCAUGGACACUAUAGAGAAGCCAAAUACGCUCAGACGAAACACCAUUGGUGGUGGAAAGCCAACAGGAUCUUCAACCAGCUCGCUUGUACAAAUGGACACACUGGAAUGGUGCUCUUCCUCGAAGAAGACCACUAUGUGGCCGAGGAUUUUAUUCACAUGCUGAACCUACUUAAGUCAACAGCUGAUAAGAGCUGUCCGAACUGUGAGAUAUUAUCUCUCGGGACUUAUCUGAAGACUUAUCAGUACCAUGUCAACGGGGACAAGCGGAAGAAACAUCAGAGUUUAAACUACGUACAGCAAGUGCGAGCCGCCAGCGAACAGCGAAGGAAGAACGAACCACAAAGCUGGAAUUUCCAGCUUUAUCCGAACCUGUACACUCACACUCAGAAGGUGGAAAUAACACCAUGGCAUUCGAGCAUGCACAACAUGGGUUUUGCUUUUAAUAGAACGGUUUGGAACAAUAUAAUGGAGUUAAAAGAAAAGUUUUGUGACUAUGACGAUUAUAAUUGGGAUUAUUCGUUAUUGUAUUUAUCUCAAAACAGACCCCAGAGGGAGAAAUUCAAAGUUAUCGUAUGUAAAGGACCCAGAGUUUUUCACAUAGGCGAGUGCGGAUUCCACCAUAAGAAGUCAGAUUGCAACGCCUCCACAGUGAUAUCAAAAGUACAAAAACUACUACAAAACGCAAAGGCAUAUAUGUACCCGUCUAGAGUGACAGCGACUGUCACGUCUGGCGGCGCCAAACAUAAUAAGAAACUUGUCAAAGGAAACGGCGGGUGGGGUGAUCUUAGGGAUCGAGAAUUAUGUUCAAAUAUGACGUUAAUAGGUAGACAACCACGAAUGAUGUAUUAUUAUUGA